AUGGGGUCAGCGCUAGCGCGGCCCCAACCCAGACCGGAAGGAGGAAAAAGCCAGACUGGGGCGAGUUCUACAAGAAUGGGAUCCCGAAGGAAGUUAUUGUCAUCGAUGAUACUCCACCGCCGGAGCAGUCCAAGGGCUCCGCUCGCAACUUCGCGACGACGUCCACUGCGACGGCCGCCUCCAACGGAAACCUGCCCCAGCCCGCGGGAAAGAAACGGCGCACCGGGGUCGAGUCAGCAUUCGAUCAUAAAACUUCUUGGCCAGGGAACGUUUGGAAAAGUGGUUGAAGCGUUUGAUAAGCAUCGCAAGACCCGUGUUGCGGUCAAGAUCAUUCGUUCCAUUCAGAAGUACCGUGACGCGUCGCGGAUUGAGCUUCGAGUGCUGUCGACAUUGGCUUCGAACGACAGGCAAAAUCGAAACAAAUGCAUCCAUUUACGCGAUUGCUUUGAUUAUCGCAACCAUAUUUGCAUUGUCACGGACUUGCUGGGGCAAAGUGUUUUUGAUUUUCUGAAGGGAAACGGCUUCGUCCCCUUUCCCAGUAGCCAAAUUCAGAACUUUGCUCGGCAGUUGUUCACCAGCGUGGCCUUUUUGCACGAUCUCAACCUUAUUCACACCGACCUGAAGCCCGAAAAUAUCCUCCUUGUCAGUAAUGCCUAUCAAACCUUCACCUACAACCGCACGAUCCCAUCGUCGUCACACGCAAUCUCCCGCAGCGCACGUCAAAGACGGGUUUUGUUGGACAGCGAGAUUCGUCUGAUUGAUUUUGGAUCCGCGACCUUCGAUGACGAAUACCACUCUUCCGUUGUUUCCACCAGACAUUACCGGGCGCCAGAGAUCAUUCUGAACCUCGGCUGGAGUUUCCCUUGUGAUAUCUGGAGUAUCGGCUGUAUACUGGUCGAGUUCUUCACUGGAGACGCUCUUUUCCAGACCCAUGACAAUUUGGAACAUCUUGCCAUGAUGGAGGCUGUCAUAGGCGACCGGAUCGAUACUCGUCUUGUACGACAAGUGAUGCAAGGCGGACGGAGUGGAAGCCAGAACCAGUCGGCCAAAUACUUCAUCCGCAACAAGCUUGAUUAUCCCAAUGAUGAAACUACUCGUGCCUCGCGGAAGUAUGUGAGGGCUAUGAAACAAAUGACAGAUUUUAUUCCCACCACCACCAAGUUCCACCGUUUAUUCCUGGAUCUUCUUCAACGCAUUUUCGUUUAUGACCCCAAGAACCGGAUCACGGCCAAGGACGCUCUCAAGCACCCCUGGUUCAAAGAAUCAAUCGUGGAUGAUGGCACUGAAGCUCUGCGGAUUGGGGAGCAGUUGCAGCGCAACACCCAACGCCGCUAG